GCCCCCGCCCCCGCCCCCGCGCCGCCGCCGCCGCCGCACCACUCCUACAGGGACUUCGAGGAGAUGAUGUCGUGUUCGUACCUGAACGCCGGGGGGGCCGGGGGGUCCGGAGCGGUCGGGGGGGUGAAACCGGAGCCGUGCUGGAUGCCGCCCUUCACGCUGCCCGACCCGCCGCGCGCCCAGUUCUACCGCCCGCCGAGACCGGACCCCACCGCGCUGCCGGUCGACCUGGCGGCCCUGCCUGCUAACCUGGCAACCACGCCAGCCAACCUGGCAACCACGUCGGGGAACCUGGCAGCCGGCGCGUCGGGGAACCUGGCAGCCAGCCUGCCAGCGAGCGUGCCGGCGCUGGACCUGUCCACCUCCCUGAAGCCCCCGCCCUCCAGCGACGAGGAGUCGGAGUGAAGUGCGCGAGUGCUCAGACAGUGGGACCGUUCGCAGACGUUUAAUUACUAUCGACUUUGGCUCAACGAAAGUAGUCGGUAAUAAUUCACGAUGCCUUCAUUAAGUUAUUCGGUAGUUUCGCCUCGUGUACGCCAGUAUAGACUCUAUCGCGGCACCGGAAGGUCGACGAUCGCAGACGACGACGAAUGCUGCCUCUAAAUAUUUAAUUUUGGUUGUGAAAAUGGCAAUUUAUGUAAAACUUACUCGCUGUGUAAAUUCUUAAUUACUGUCGUACUUAAGGAUCGUUCGGAAUGGAUGUGUGAAACACAUUGUACCUACGUUGUUUUAUUUAAGGAAGUGAUAACUAAAUUUUAAACGAAAAGGCAUAUCUUAGCGUAAACCGUUUGUAUAUAAGUAUAACAUUGCUAUUGUGCGUACUUGACUCGUAUUAAUUGUCUCUCAUCCACAAACGUUUCUAGUUAUCACGGGGCCAUUUCUCAUUGUAAAUUGAAGAUUUGUAAUUGAUAAAAAUCUGUUCAAACUUAAAACUAUAUUGAUCGUAACCAAAUUAAUAUUUAAUAUGGUUGGUAUGGUAAUGGCCCUAAAAGAAGUGAGGGCAAAUGCUUGUAGUUUUUGCCCUCAUUUCAUCAAUACUUAUGUGAGUAUUGUUUAUUUAUUUUCAACAUCAUAAUUAAAUGUUUACUUCCAUCGAUACGAAUGAAUUUACUAUGAUAUUCUAGAGUAGUGGAAGCAAAUCACAACCUACUACCAUUUAAAAUAUUUUUACACUACGAAGUAUUAAAAUGUAUUAUGCUAUACCGCAUUCUUGCCUGAAUGUAUAACGUAAGUGAGUAAAGGGCUCUUUACAUCAUGCAGUGCGAUUAUCGUCCACGAUAACGUGAGAGGAAGCUGUCCAUAACAUACGGUGCUUUAAUCCGACGACAUGGGAGCGUGCCUCCGACGUAAUCGUGCGCUAUAAGCGAUAUCGCAUCGCGUAAUGUGAAAUGCUCUUAAAGCAUUUUCUCGCAUUUCUGUGAUUUGCCACGUUGUAAAUAAUCUCGAAUAAAUUCGUUAUUUCGUUUAUAGUCGAUCUGUUACUUAAAUUUCAAUAAGUCCAUUUAUAUUAUUCAUUCAAUUGUAAAUACUAGGUCAUAAUUAGCCGUAAGUAGACACAUCUUGUACCUAAAACUUAGGCGCAAACUUCUUAGCAAUAAUGUUGAUGCCAACAUCUGAUGCGUUUGGAGCUCAUUGUUCCUUUUACGUGUUGCUAUUUACAUCUAUUGUACAUAGACAAGUAUUAUAUUGAAAACGAUUUAUGCCCAAAAAAGGAUUAAUUUUAAAAUAGACUGAGGCACACACACAUGUAACGAAACUACGCCUAACAGCUUACUUUGCUAGGCGAACUGUCACUGUGUGUACAAUUUUUGUGCAUGUAGUCAUCUUUACUUUUUUUGUCUGAUUUAAAAACUAUGUAUGUAAAACUAAACCGUUUUCAAUAGAACUCAUGUCUGUAGAUUGUUAAACGCUAACAUUCCCAUAUAAAGUUAAGGAUUUACCUCUGGUACAUAAAUUUUGUAUAGUGACAUUUGGCAUAUCAGUACAUUAAAAUGUUAGCGUUUAAGUCUUGCCGUCUAUAAAAUUGCACAGACUUGGACGAAUAUUGCACGUGAGUGGAAUUGGUUGUGUUGCCAUACAUUGUUGCGAAAAAAAUUAAAACGUCAGAAAAAGGUGGCAAAACUCCCUGCAUUCCGGGAGAAACCUGGGUCUGGCAAUUUAUUAGCAAACCACUGUUAUGGUGUUACCAUUGCGUUCACAAAGAAAUUGCAACUUAUAGCCUAAGAGAUAUGGCAAAAGGGGGAGAAAUUAAAUUUUUGUAAAAUAA